CAUUGUGUUCUGAUGUUCUUCAGUUAGUUUCGAUUUUUCACGUCACAAAUCAAUACAAUUAGAAACAAAAUAGUGCUUGAAGCUACAUCAUGUAAAGCAUCAUUUCGAAGCAGAUUUAUACUGAUAUACUGAACAAUGGUACUGGUGAAAUCUUCGUUUCAAAAUUCCUUCAACUGUAGACUCUUAYUAAGAUCUUUAUCUGACAUUCGAUCAAGCAACAAACACAUUAGAUGGCCUGGAAAGUCUUGCAACAAUCGUAUGAUUCAACAGGGUGCAAAAUCUUUAAAUGSYGCCCYCGAUAAACYAGAARGAGAAGUGAAACAAUCAUAUUGUACAAGGCUACCCAACUUUAUGACAAACACUGACUUGUGGUUUGAUUGUACCAACUUGGACUCCUUAACUCGUCGARAACUUCAAAAGCUAUGCAAGAAAUUUGGUAUACGUGCUGUUAGCAAGACAGUUAAACUUAUUCAAGAUUUGAAAGAGUUUCACAACCAAAACCUUUCUGAUCCUUCUUCCAUUCUCCAUAGUCCAUUCAUUCCAGGUUUAAGCAAUUCYACAAGUAAUUACAAAAAAUCAGAGUCAUGUUUCRGUAAGAGURUUGACAAGACAUCARGKAUUUUCAAACCAUUGGGUGUUUCAGCUUCAAGUAUUAUGAGGGAUGAGGAAUUACUGCGAUUAUGUAAAACAGUUGGUGCCAGAACAACUAGCUCACGCAGCACUGCAAGCUCACUGAAUUCUUUAAAAACAAAUUUAGGAGAGUUGGAUAAAUCUUUCAGGAUUCUGGCAGAUACAAGRGAUGAAAAAGAAAUUUUUCUUGAGAAAAAGCCAAGUGUUUCUACAAUUUUAAACAUCGGAAGCAAUAAAAACAAGGCAUUCAUGAUUAGUAAAUGGAAGAAGAAGAAAGUUGAAGAAAUGGGAGAAGAAUCAUUCAAAAAAUAUCAGAAAGACAUUGUUCAGAAAGGCAAAAUCUUUCAUUCUUUCAUCAAGGAGUAUUUCUCAGGUACUGGUACAAAUGGUGCUGRUGGUGUUCAGGGUUAUGUACAAAGUGUUUCUAAUGUAUUGAAUGACAUCAGUUGCGUGAUUGCCACUGAAAAGAGAGUAUCACACUAUAACCUGGGCUACUCAGGUUUUCUUGAUACCCUGGCUUUGUACAAAGGCAUACCAUGYUUGAUAGAAUGGAAGACAUCUGAAAAACCUAAGAAAUCCCUGGACGAUUGUCAUGACUUUCCUUUACAGGUUGCUGCAUAUGCUGGUGCUAUUAACUCCAGUCCAUACUUCAGCGUACCYGUUACUAAUGGSCUAAUAGURAUUGCUUACAAUGAUGGUACUCCUGCUCAYGUCCACAAGAUGGACAUGCAGACAUGUGACUUCUAUUGGCAACAAUGGCUCAUAAGAGUUCACAAUUAUAAAAAGAGUUUGGAUCAUGUUGAUAAUUAAAUAGUAUCAAUGAAAUAAAUAUUUGUUUUAUGAGU